CCAAUACGAUUCAUAUGUCCAAUAUAAUUAUAUGUGGCUUUCGAUGAUGCCAUCUGAAUAGCAGUGCAGCAUGUUCAUCCGGCCAUUCAACUUCAUCCUUCAUUCCAAAGCAUUAUUGUUUCUGUUGUUCCAUGUAAGAAUUUCUGUUGUUUGUUGGUGCUUGAAUCUGUUUUCUGAACUUAUCUUAGUACUCCUCUAUGCUUGAAUGUUGUAACAUCCUCGGUAGGCAUACUAGAAUUUGGGUGUUCACCAUGACUGGUAGAUUUCUUUAAUGAAGCAUUGACUGGUAGUGGUAGUUAUAUUUAGUUUUUAGUAAUUUUGGUGCUAUGAUGGCAACCACUUUGUCUUAUUGAACAAAAGGGAUAAAUACUAACAACUCGAUUGGAUCAUUUAAUGUUGUUUUCCUUGUGUCUUCUUCAACGCCUAAUGUGUAUUAGUUAUAGUCCUACUUACCUUAGCGUUUUUAGUGUCCUCUACUCUAGUCUCUUUUAGUGGCAGAUUAAGGCCUAUGGCUGCUGUUGAUAAUGCUACAGUAGAAUGAAGCUACUACGAAGUCCCUCCGACCAUGGACUACAUGGAGUACAUUGAAUUUCAGAUUUUCUGUUCCUCGGAUCAUGGAGUACAUGCAUUGCAUCUCAGAUUUUCUAUUGUUUUGCAAAAUCCAUAAUAGUUUAUUGACAGACAAUGAUAUUUGAGCAAAUGUGAAUCUGACUGAUCGUUAUACUGAAAUAAUAUGUUGUGCAGUGAUUAUCUUGUACCCGACAGUCAUGAAUUCUGUUGAGCAAUCCUUGUUUUUGCUUGUUGACGUUCAACAGUAAAGCAAAAGAAAGGAUAUGGGUGCUAGGCCUGAUGCUUUAUGUCUUUAUCAGAUAUAGUUUUCAGGCAAUUUGGUUAGGUUUCGACUGUGAAUCACUUCAUCCACUUUCAGUGCUCCUCCGUUGGGGAAAGUUGGUUCUGUUGCUCUUUUCUGGCUAGAUUUUGCUUUAUUCCUUUGCGCCCUUCUUUUCCCCUUGUCAAUUGCUGAUUUGUGGGUGCGGUGCUUUAGUCAAUAGCUGGACUCUAUUCAGCGUGCCAAUUCAAGGAUCAAAUGGAUAAAACCCAAUUGAACCAAUUGAAUUUGCAACGCCUUGCUGCGUGCCAUUCUGUCUGUGGGGCUGUGCCGGGCUGCUGCUGGGCAUGAAUUUACUGUCUGGUUGCUCCAUUCAAUGAGAACUAACUGCACUGCAUCACACAUUUUCUUUCGCCGCUCACCACAAGAAUUCUAUCGAUAUCUACCUGAAGCAAUGGCAGUUCAUAGUUUCAUAUUACACCUCUUUGUUGCUAAGCUGCUUUCUAGGAUAAAUAAUGCAACCUUGCCCAGAGCUAAUGCCUACUAGUACUGAAGAACUGCCAGAUGCAUGGCUACCUAUCGAUGUGACUCGAUUUCCAUCUCGGCUCCUGCUAGUCACGUCAGAAGGCGAUGCAUCGACCUCUCCUCUUCAACUAAUCAUUUUCCUAGUGCUUCAAGUCUAAACAUCGGUCGACAUUUGAUCACAUCUCAUUUAGCCACAAGCGCAAUUGAAGCGUGAAAUUAACAUCACCAAAAGCUCUCGAUUCAGAGCUAACUGAAUCCAAGGCUCAAAUCAGUGGCUUUGCACCUCAUAAUGGGCCGGCCUGGUUAGGAAAUCUAACACAAGAUCGGCCCACCACCGAGCCCACCUCACUCCCCACGGCGGCGGCGGCCGCCUCCGCUCCCCCGACUCCCCGUCUCCUCCGCUCCGCCCUCCCGCCGGGCAACGCUCGAGAGUCGUCGAGUGGAGUGAGAAGAUCGAGGAGGUGGGAAAAAGAGAGAGAGAAAAAAAAAGUAAUGCAAAAGCAAACUUGUUUCGCAAGACUGGCUCGCGCCGAUUCACAUGGCUGCGCGCCCCGCUCCUCCUCGCUGAUCCGUCCGCCUCCCGCCUGCAGAGUUCCCAAAACCCAAGCAAGCGCGGCGCCAUAGCUGCCUCCUCUCCUCCACCUCCUCCCAUUUUGGGCGACGCGGCCGAUGGAGCCGCUGGGCGGGGGCGGGGGCGGGCCGGCGGGCGCGCCGGAGAUCUUCGCGGGCGGCACAGGGGCCCGCGGCUCCGUGCGGCGCGCCGUCGUCAUCGGGAACGGCUGCGCGGGCGCCGAGAACCAGUGCCUCGGCCUCCUCCGCGCCCUCGGCCUCGCCGACCGCCUCACGCUUUACCGUGCUAUAAGGCCAACAGGAGGAAUCAACAAGUGGCUGCACUUCCUCCCGAUCUCCUUGCAUAAGUUAGUGGACCAAGUACUCAGACAGAUGUUUUCUAGUAACAAAUUUGCAACACUAUUUCAAGGGGCAAAAAUGGCUCAAUAUACUGUCUGUAAUGGCCAGUCCCUUGGAUUAUCUUCUGUCCUAGAAGCAGAUACCAAAAGGAUAGUUACCAUGGUCAAUGAUACCUUUGAGAAAGAAGGCCUGGCACUAGUUGUCGCUUGUGGACGAGAUACCAUAUCAUAUGCAAGUUCAAUAAGGUGUUUGGCUCCAGAUAAUGUCUUUGUCAUACAGAUACAACAUCCCAGGUAUCGCCUUGAUAGGUUUGAUUUGGUGGUAACUCCUCGUCAUGAUUACUAUGCUUUGACUACAAGAGGACAACGGGAAUUCCCUCACCUUCUCUGGAGAUGGAUUACUGCACGAGAACCACCUGGGCCAAAUGUCCUUACUGUUGGCGCACUUCACCAAGCAGAUUCUGCUGCAUUACGCACUGCUGCUUCUGAUUGGCAUGAUGAACUUGCUAACUCACCAAAGCCAUUGGUUGUAGUGAACAUUGGAGGACCAACAAGAAACUGUAAUUACGAUGUAGGCCUUGCCAAGAAGUUGAUAAGCUCACUACACAAUGUUCUGAAGACCUGUGGAAGUGUCAGGGUUUCAUUUUCCAGAAGAACACCACAUAAGGUGUCUGAUCUUAUAUUGAAAGAGUUCAGUACACACCCUAAGGUUUAUAUUUGGAAUGGUGAAGGACCCAACCCACACCUUGGGCAUCUUGCAUGGGCUGAUGCUUUUGUCAUAACAGCAGACUCAAUUAGUAUGCUAAGUGAGGCAUGUAGCACUGGGAAACCUGUUUAUGUUGUUGGAACUGAGCACUGCAGGUGGAAAUUCUCGGAUUUUCACAACAGGCUGCAUGAAAGAGGUGCUGUCCGCCCUUUCACUGGACUAGAAGAUAUGUCAGACAACUGGAGCUACCCUCCCCUGAACGAUGCCAUUGAUGUGGCGGCACGGGUUCGUGAAGUGCUUGCAGAGCGUGGAUGGACAGUGGGGUAAUGGCAACCAACGUAGAGGAAGAAGAAUGCCAUUUCGGUACAGUUUUGCCCAAGACCAUACAGUUUUGUCCAGUUGCAUAUUGUUUUCGUGGUAGGACGUCAGUACGUCACCGCUUAUUUGCAUUAUAUCUAUGAAAUACAACCUUUUUGUGUCGUACCACAGGAAUUUUUGAGCAGCCACAGACUGCAGGAAGAGGUUUUACCCUUUCAAAAAGAAAAUCAACAGGUGUUUUAGUCUGUUUUUUUUAC